AUGCGCAAGAACUUCCAAUGUUCCUUUUUGACUAUCUCUGUUGCUCUGAUUCUCCUUCAGCUAUAUCUUCACAUUUAUCAUAACACGCGAAAGGAUGAACACCUGCGGAAGUUUUUCGAAAAGGAGAAGGCACAAAUUGCGGAUCAGCUGAUAGCCCAGCAACCAGUUGCGCCCGCAGCUAGGACGAAAAUAUUAGGAAUUCAUCCUCCUAAGAUUCCUGAUGAACAUGCUGGUCUUAUCAACGGAGAUAUUGUUGCUAUCGAGGCGGAAGCAAAAGAACAAGGUAUUCGGAAGCGAUUUCCUGACUUUAUCGUCAUGGGAAUGCAGAAAUGCGGCACUACGGCUCUCCAGUACUUCAUGAACUUCCACCCAGGAAUGCGAUCCCCAGUUGAGGGUGAGCUUCACUUCUUCGAGCGAGAAGGAAACUAUCGAAAGGGCUACAAAGCUUAUUUCGACCAAAUGCCGUACGGCGAUCCAGAACUGCUAAUUUUCGAAAAGACGCCGGAUUACAUGCAUGAUCCAAAAGUGCCCAGUCGCAUGUUCCACUUCAAGCCGGAUCUCAAGCUCAUUGCGGUCGUAUGUGACCCUGUUCAUCGAGCCUUCUCACAUUAUCUUCACGCGUUGAAUAUUACGAGGCCACAAGGUUGGCAAAUGCCUGGAGCUCAAGAAUUAAAACACAAAACGUUCGAAGAAGUUGUUUUCCAAGCUUUGGCGGAAACAAUCAACGCUACAAUGGCCAAGGCGCUUAUCCAGCUGCCGGAGGAUCAAGUGCCAUACGAAGAGAUACGUUUAAAAUUUCAUCGUUAUUUGGACAAUGGAAUGCGCACUGGACGGCGGUACUUGAUGCCUGCCUCGAUUCUAGCGCGCAGCUCGUACGGCUAUUUACUCGCGCACUGGUACAGAUACUUUCCCCGCGAGCAAGUGCUGGUAGUCGAUGGAAACGACCUCAAAGUCCGACCUGCUCAUGCGAUGCAAAGAAUCCAAGAGUUCCUGGGCGCGGAGCAGUACUUGACCGACAAGAACUUUCAUCAAAUGCCAGACACAGGGUUCUUCUGCAUUCAAGCGCGUCCAGAUUCGGAUUGCUUGAUCCCAGGAGGAAACAAGGGUCGCUCAGCGAAGACCCACAUGGACGCCCCUGUCGAAACUGUUCUCCGGCGUUUCUUCAGAGCGAUCGAGCCCGAUAACCUGGAAGUGUUCGAUGGCGUGCCCUUCUCGUGGACGGCCGAUUUGAUGGACCCCUCAGCCGAUAAGCCCUUAGAAGGCUGA